ACAAAUUUGGUAGUAUCCUUCUUUUCUUUGGUAUGAGAAAAUCCCCCUUCAAAUCAUAACAGUUCUUGUUUGUUUUUUUCCUUCCUCCUGCCGUAACAGACCAAUAGGGUGGCGCUUUACAUCAUAGGAAUUAGGAAAAACAUCAUUGACCCUUUGAAGCUGGAGUGUCAGACUCACAUUGGUCCGAAGUUGGUAUUUUCACAAUCUUUCUUCUUCUUUCCUUAGAUCUAGGAAUAGUCUUUCCAACAGAAAGGAGGAGGAAACUGCAGAUCCCAGAUUUCACACAUUAGAGAUACAACUCUCUCUUUCUUCCUCCUCUUUUGUUCAUAUGAUAUGAUCAUAUGAAACAAGGAGAAAAAAUAAUAAAACCCCAGAAAAAAAACAUUUCUUUUUUAUUUGAUUAGUGUAUAGAGAAAUACAUGGAGAUGGGUAUUCAAGAAAAUGGGAAUGGCGGUGUUCUGAAGUAUAAGAGGAUGGAUUCUGAUACAGUGGAAGAGGAUGGUGUAUUAUGUGAAGAAAAAGGAAAUGACAGCAGCAGAAAAUAUGUCUUGGUUUGUGCUAUCUUUGCAUCACUUAAUUCUGUGCUCCUUGGAUAUGAUGUUGGUGUUAUGAGUGGAGCUAUUAUCUUUAUUCAGCAAGAUUUGAAAAUUACUGAAGUGCAAGAAGAAGUCCUUGUCGGAAUCCUAAGCAUAAUUUCGCUUUUGGGGAGUUUAGCAGGAGGAAAAACAUCAGAUGCCAUUGGCAGGAAAUGGACCAUGGCUUUUGCAGCCAUUGUGUUUCAAUCUGGUGCUCUUAUAAUGGCUCUUGCUCCUAAUUUCAGGGUGUUAAUGAUAGGCAGGUUUUUGGCUGGAAUUGGUAUUGGUUUUGGAGUUAUGAUUGCUCCUGUUUAUAUAGCUGAGAUAUCACCUACAGUUGCCAGGGGAUCAUUUACUUCUUUCCCUGAGAUAUUCAUCAAUCUUGGAAUUCUUUUAGGUUAUGUUUCGAAUUAUGCUUUUUCUGGUUUACCCCCCCAUAUAAAUUGGAGAGUCAUGCUUGGUGUGGGGAUUCUCCCCUCAGUUUUUAUUGGUAUCGCGCUAUUUGUUAUUCCUGAAUCUCCAAGAUGGUUGGUGAUGAAAAAUCGGAUUGAUGAAGCGAGGGUGGUGCUAUUAAAAACUAAUGAAAAUGCAAGUGAAGUGGAGGAGAGGUUAGCAGAAAUUCAGCAAGCAGCAGGGCAUGUUAAUGCAGAGAAAUAUGAAGAGAAAGCCGUGUGGCGUGAACUGCUAAAUCCUUCACCUGGUGUUCGAAGAAUGCUGAUUACAGGUUGCGGGAUACAGUGCUUUCAACAGGUCACAGGUAUAGAUGCAACUGUGUAUUAUAGUCCAACAAUUUUUAAGGACGCCGGAAUUAAGGGUAACACUCAACUCUUAGCUGCAACUGUUGCUGUUGGGUUCACAAAAACAAUAUUCAUUUUGAUAGCCAUAUUUCUCAUUGACAAAGUUGGUAGGAAACCUUUGUUAUAUGUCAGUACAAUUGGUAUGACUACUUGUCUGUUUGGUCUUGGCCUCACACUUUCUUUACUGGGGAAUGGUUCAGUUGGUAUCAAAUUGGCAAUUUUAUGUGUAUGUGGAAAUGUAGCAUUCUUUUCCGUGGGGAUUGGUCCUAUUUGUUGGGUCUUAACAUCUGAAAUCUUCCCUUUAAGACUUAGAGCCCAAGCAUCAGCUCUUGGUGCAGUGGGGAGUAGAGUUAGUAGUGGUGUGGUUGCAAUGUCUUUCCUCUCAGUAUCUCGUAUGAUUACUGUUGGAGGAACAUUUUUUGUGUUUGCUGCUAUAUCAGCUCUAUCUGUUGCUUUUGUUCAUAAAUGUGUUCCAGAAACAAAGGGGAAAUCGCUGGAAGAAAUCGAAAUGAUGUUCCAGAAUGAUAGGCCACAUCAAGGUGGUGAAUUGGAGCUUGAAGAUGUCAAACAUCUAAUGCAUAUACAAUGAAGAGGUAUAAGAUAUCAUAGUUUUAGCAGCAGUGAGAAGAAAGUUGGCAUUUGCUCGCGAGACACUUAUUAAACUUGCCAGCUUCAAAAUAUUUGUGAAUUGUGAAGAGUUAAUUGCAUCACACAAUAAGAUAAAGAUAUAAAAGAAAAUUAUACUCAUUCGUCCUUAGGGCUGAAGCAGUCUUGUAUCUUGAUGACAUUGGAAUAUUUGAUAUCGAGAAACUUAGAAGUAAUACAUAGACUUUCCUCCUCUUC